UAGAGGGGCGGUGGCCUGCCAGACCGAGCGCCAGUGGGCCAAUUGCUGGUGGGAUGGCUGCAAUAGCUGGAGCUCCCAUUGGUAAACCGGGUAUAGGUUCCGCCUUCUCUUACUUUGGUGCUUCGCAUUGGGUAGGGCCGGGAAACAAGGUAAAGGGGACAUGCCGGGAAUUGCAGUCCCCUCAGGAAAGUAGCGUCUUGAUCUGUGUGGCGUGGCUGUCUCUGUACUUUGGGAGAGGAUGAAUGGGAAGCGGCCAGCGGAGCCCGGCCCAGCCCGGGUGGGAAAAAAGGGAAAGAAGGAGGUGAUGGCGGAGUUUUCGGACGCUGUUACGGAAGAAACCUUGAAAAAGCAAGUGGCUGAGGCCUGGAGCCGCAGGACGCCGUUCAGUCACGAAGUCAUUGUCAUGGACAUGGACCCUUUUCUUCACUGUGUGAUCCCAAACUUCAUCCAAAGCCAAGACUUCUUGGAAGGGCUUCAGAAGGAACUGAUGAACUUGGACUUCCAUGAGAAGUAUAAUGAUUUAUAUAAGUUCCAGCAGUCCGAUGAUUUGAAGAAGAGAAGAGAGCCUCACAUCUCUGCUUUAAGGAAAAUUCUGUUUGAAGAUUUCCGGUCCUGGCUUUCUGAUAUUUCUAAAAUUGACCUGGAAUCAACCAUUGACAUGUCCUGUGCUAAAUAUGAAUUCACCGAUGCCCUGCUGUGCCAUGAUGAUGAGCUGGAAGGGCGCCGGAUCGCCUUCAUCCUGUACCUGGUUCCUCCCUGGGACAGGAGCCUGGGUGGUACCCUGGACCUGUACAGCAUUGAUGAACACUUUCAGCCGAAGCAGAUUGUCAAGUCUCUUAUCCCUUCGUGGAACAAACUGGUUUUCUUUGAAGUAUCUCCUGUGUCCUUUCACCAGGUGUCUGAAGUCCUGUCUGAAGAAAAGUCACGUUUGUCUAUAAGUGGCUGGUUUCAUGGUCCAUCGUUGACUAGGCCUCCCAACUACUUUGAACCCCCCAUACCUCGGAGCCCUCAUAUCUCACAAGAUCAUGAGAUUUUGUAUGAUUGGAUCAACCCUACUUAUCUGGACAUGGAUUACCAAGUUCAAAUUCAAGAAGAGUUUGAAGAAAGUUCUGAAAUUCUCCUGAAGGAGUUUCUUAAGCCUGAGAAAUUCGCGAAAGUCUGUGAGGCCUUGGAGCAUGGAGAUGUGGAGUGGAGCAGCCAAGGUCCCCCUAACAAAAGGUUUUAUGAGAAAGCUGAGGAGAGUAAGCUUCCUGAGAUAUUGAAGGAGUGCAUGAAGUUAUUUCGCUCUGAGGCACUAUUCUUGCUGCUCUCCAACUUCACAGGCCUGAAGCUUCAUUUCUUGGCCCCUUCAGAAGAAGAUGAGAAGAAUGAUAAAAAAGAGGCAGAAGCCACUGAUAUCACUGAAGAAGGGACUAGCCAUAGUCCUUCUGAGCCAGAGAAUAAUCAGACAGCCAUCAGCAGCAACAGCCAACAGAGCAAUGAGCAGACAGACCCAGAGCCAGAGGAAAAUGAAACAAAGAAAGAAUCUAGUGUUCCCAUGUGCCAAGGGGAACUGAGGCAUUGGAAGACCGGUCACUACACUUUAAUUCAUGACCAUAGCAAGGCUGAAUUUGUCCUAGACUUAAUUCUGUACUGUGGCUGUGAAGGCUGGGAGCCAGAAUAUGGCGGUUUUACUUCUUACAUUGCCAAAGGUGAAGAUGAAGAGCUGCUAACAGUGAAUCCAGAAAGCAAUUCUUUGGCAUUGGUCUACAGAGAUAGAGAGACUCUGAAAUUUGUCAAGCAUAUUAACCACCGAAGCCUGGAACAAAAGAAAACCUUCCCAAACAGAACAGGUUUCUGGGACUUUUCAUUCAUGUAUUAUGAAUGACAGCACUGGGCAAAGCUGAACAAAAACGUGACCUUUCGUCAUUAUUGGGAAGUCUGGAAGAGCUAAGCAUGGAAUCAAGGAGAGCUACAUGGUAGCUUGCCCGACAGUGUUCUUAAAACUGGUUGUCUUUUACUAGGACUCAUAAUGAUUGUCCUCAACCGAGACCUUGAGCUUGGAGCUACGCACUUAUCUCUUGAUUAAAAAAAAAAAAGUUGGCUUUUUUUUUUAACAUUGAGUCCUUCUUUUUCCAUAUUGGCUUCUUCAGUGAAUUUUUAACUUCAAUUUUUUUUUUUUAUUGAGGUAAAAUAUUUAUAACAUAAAACUGACCAGCUUACCCAUUUUUAAAUAUGCAAUUCAGUGGAUUAAGUACAUUCUCAUUGUUGUCCAGCCAUCACCAUCAUCCAACUCCAGAACUUUUCCAUCUUCCCAAAUCUUGUGCCCAUUGAACAAUAACUCCCCACCUCCCCUUCCCCUAGCAACAGCCAUACUUUUUGUCUCUAUCAUCAACUUCACUACUCAUAUUUCUCAUAUAAGUGGAAUCAUACAGUAUUUGUCCUUUUGUGACUGCUUUCAUUUAGCAUAAAGUCUUUCUUUCUUUAAGAUUCA